UGGUCUUUUAAUAUGAUAUCAAGCAAGUAGUUUGUAGUAAAGAAUAUUUUCCUCUAUUAUCUUAUAUUUAAAAAUCAUGAAGCAAUCAGCAGGACAAUUUUAAUAAUGAAGUCAUUGUUUAAUUCAAAUUUUCCGCUUCGAACGACAUUGUAAGUUGUCAGCCAUCACUGUUCGUAGGCUACAGUGUAGCAGACGUACAAAGUGCUCAUCGGUGUAAAAAAGGCACACACUCUAGAAUGGCAGCAAAACGUGUUCCUACCAUGCUUUUUGGACCCUCUCUUAGAGAAUGGGCAUAUAAUAUGUCUGGUUUCAACAAAUAUGGUUUGAUGCGUGAUGAUGUCAUUAACGAGACACCUGAUGUGGUAGAAGCACUUCGUCGCCUUCCCAAGCACCUUGUAGAUGAACGAAAUUUCCGACUCAUUCGAGCUGCACAACUUGAUUUUUGCAAAGUUAUAUUACCUAAGGAAGAAUGGACAAAAUACAGCGAAGAUGUAAGAUAUCUUGCUCCAUACAUAGAGGAGGUUCAGAAGGAACGUAAGGAGAGAGAAAAAUGGGAAAAGGAAUAAAUCGAUUAACGACACAUAGUAUACAACUAAUAAAUAGUAAUUAUUCUAUCUCUAUCAUGUAUUUCUGUGUAUAAACUAAAUAAUAUUGUACUAUAUUGAAACAUA